CAAACCUGUAGUCGCAGCGCACUCUAUCUUGCCUCUACCUUCAAGUUUUCGCCAGACGUUGAUGUCGCCAAAAUCGGCAGUAGACCAUGACUCGCCCCGAGAUAAUUCGCGCGGACUCGAUUGACUUGCAAGAUCGCGACGCCCCGUCAGCCAGGGACCACACACGCCAUCCACAACAUCAACCAUCGUCACUUGCGCCCCACCAGGCCGAGACUCUGCGCGAGGUUGCCGCGGAGACCGCCGAGGAGAACCUCCGUAGCCCUCGCGUGUCUUGGGGCGCCGGCACCGACGUCGAACACCAGCUUCAGCAGUACGCCGACGAUCUGGCCGCCGGCCUCACGAGCGCCCUUGAGCCCGCGACGCAGCUCGACAGCGCCGCCGCGCCAGCCCGGAACAAGAUGGAUCAACAAGAUGCCUUGGCCAUCGCGCAGAAUGGAGGCCACGAUGUGUCCGAGGAGGACCUCGACGCCAACGCCGACGACGACGGCAUGGACGACGACAUGAUGGACAAGAUCUCGAGCUCGCCCUCGAUCGAAGAUGAGGACAUCGAUUUCGAAUUCGUUUAUGCCCUGCAUACUUUCGUGGCCACGGUCGAGGGUCAGGCGAACGCGACCAAGGGUGACACCAUGGUGCUCCUCGACGACAGUAACAGCUACUGGUGGCUUGUGCGUGUGGUCAAAGACAGCAGCAUCGGAUACCUCCCCGCCGAGCACAUUGAAACACCGACCGAGAGGUUGGCCCGGCUCAACAAGCAUAGGAACAUUGACUUGUCGGCCGCUAUGCUGGGUGACCAGGCAGAGAAGACCAAGAAUCCCAUCAAGACGGCAAUGCGAAGAAGAAAGGCGAAAGGAGUAACGUUCGCAGAGCCGACUUACGUAGACUAUUCCGAAAUCGAUUACUCGACAGAGGAAGAAGACGGCGACAUGGACGACUAUGCCCAACAACAACAGCAGCAGCAACAGCAACAACAACAACAACAACAACAACAACAACAACAGCAGCAGCAGCAGCAGCAGCAGCAAGAGCAAGAGCAACAAAAACAGCAGCAGCAAGACCAGCAGCAAACAUCACAGGACCAGCAGCAGGCAGGGGCUAAGCAAUCGGCCAAGGACGAUGCUGGGAGGCUGGAAGCCUCAAGUCCGACUAGAACAAAGGAUGGGACCGUACGAGAUUCGUUCUUCAAAGACGAGACGGUUGAGACCAAGAAGAUCACCCUCACCCCGAAUCUCCUACGAGAUGACGGGGCCCCGAGAACGUCUAGCGAAUCUCGGGAGCUCAAGCAGAGACCCAGCCUUGAUAAACUCGAAAAGGACAACGUUCUCGGCAAGGACGACAAGCGCAAGAAGGAUAAAAAGGACAAGGAAAAGAAGCCCAGCGCAAUCCGGAGUUUCUUCACUAGGGGAGGGAAAAAGAAGUCGGCCGACGACGACGACGACUCGCUCGGCAAGCGAUCGAUGGACAGCAGCACAGACAAUGGGCACGGCAGGGAGCUCGACGAUGCUGAUGAUAGGCAAUCCCCCGAGGACGCGUCUGCCCCGCAACGACAACCAAGCAAAUUGCAGAAACAUCCUCGCGUGGACCCAUCGCCGACGCGGAAACCUGGCCCCGCUGUGCGCGAGGCUGCCCCCGAUGCCUCGACAGUCAACAACGUUGCCAAUGUCCCUCCAGCCACCAUGCGCAUUGUGGAGGAGGCUACGCAAGACAGUCGAGACAUUGCGCCGCGGUCUGAGAACACAAGGGAUACAAGCGGCCAGAUAUCGGCGACGGUGAAGAUCGCGCAGUCCAGGACGCAGGACAGGGAGAGCUCGCCACAUACCACGACCAGUGCCAAGACUCGCGCACCUCUGGACGACUCGGACUCGGGUGACGACGACGCAGUAGGGUCGCGGUCCAGACGUGCUGCUCAGCCCGGAGAUGGACACGAGGUAACUCGAGGGCUGCGACAAGCACAGAAUGUUGGUAGUGCUCCAAUGGAGCCAUCGGCGCCCAUCAAAGCGCAGGCCGCGGUCGAGCAUAUUGGCGGAUCCCCAGUCCAGAUCUCCCCCGCAAACUCCAGCAACCCACCACCGCUCAUGGUCGACACGUCGAGCCAGGACGAGGACCAGUCGUCGCCUAUAUCAUCGCCUUCCCCCGAGCCGCUAGACGGCGAUGAAGGCAGCAGCGCUCGGCACCGUAAGGAGGACUCGGUCACGACGUCGACGUCGACAACAAGCUCGGCAUGGAACGACACUAGCCUACGUGCUUUUUUCGACUCGGGCGUGGACAUUCGCGAUAUGCUUGUUGUGGUUUACGACAAGUCGGAUGUGGUACCGGCCGGUCCUGACCAUCCAGUUGCAGGCGCUCUGUUUAGAGAGCAAAAUGCUAAAUUGGCAGAGAUCACUACUCAACUUGACAACAUGUUGGGCGACUGGCUCGCCAGGAAGCAGAGGCUCAGAGGAGCCGUUUAGCAUGUUCAGCGCCGCCACCAGAUCUG